AUGGAAAAUGCAAAAAAUAUGGAAACUGUCUUUAGACAAAAUCAUUUAUUAUCAAUAAUAUUAAAUGAUUUACAAGAAACAAAAAAUAUGGAUUCACUAGCAUUAACUUCAACAUUUUUUUAUAAACUUAUUAAUAGAAUAGAAAAACGAAAAAAAGUUUAUGAUGAAGAUUGUUUAUAUAGAAUACAUAUUUUUAAUAAAAAUGGUAAAGAAUAUUUUUUAGUUUGUAAUUACAAUCGACAUCUUCCAUUAAGAUUUUAUAAUUUUGAUGAAGAAAUUAUAUAUCUACAACAAUUACCAAAAGAUUUUUUAAGAUAUGAUAAUGAAGUUAUUAUUAUUAUUGAUGAUCAAUUAGAUAAUAUUUCUGAGGAAGAUGUUGAAAAAUUUGUUACAAAACUUUCUAAGUUUAUUGAUAACUUAUUUAAUUUAUUUAUCAAUGCUAAUAUGUUAACAUUUGCAUUAUCAAUGCCAGGAGUACGAUCAUUUGUAAUUGGAAGAAUAAUUAAUCAAUUAAAAAGUAAUAAGAUAGAAAAAAUUAAAUUGAUUGGUGAGGAUAUAUUUCAAAAAUUUGAUGAUCGAAAAAGUUUAUUAUUUGAUGAUAUUUUUUGUAAUUUACCCAAUAUGAAAGAACUUAAAAUAAGUGGAUAUAUUUUUAAUAGAAAUAAAAAAAAUUGGAAUGAUAACAAAAAUUUACUUAAUAAUAUUUUUAAAAGUUUAUCAAAUAAAAAUAAUUGUUUAUUAAAUUUUGAAAAUAUUGAAUGUAAUACUGGAAAUGAAUUUUUCAAAAGACUUUUAAAAUUAGCAAAAAAAUAUAAUAUACAAUAUAAUGCAAUUAUGAUGGUUUCUCUUGCUAAUAAUGAUACAAAAAAUAUUAUUAUAAAUGAUAAUUUUGAUCCUACAAAUAUUUCUAAUUCUAUUUAUAAUUUACUUAAUAAAACACCAAUAAAAUCUGAUGAUAAUACUGAUGAAAUAACUGAUACUGAUAAGAAAAAGAAAACAUUAGGAGAUUUAUAUACUAAAUUAAAUGAUGACAUAUCAGUUGAUGAAACAUGUUCAACUAAUAGUGUAGAUACAAUGGAACAUCAUGAUCAAUGUGAUAGUGAAAGUCCUAUAGACAAAGGAAAUAAUGACGAUUCACAAAAUGCAGCAUCAUGUAAUAGACCAGCUGGAAGAAAAAAGACUCAUGCUGUUUGGAAUUUUUUUAAAGACCUUAAAGAUGUAGAUCCUGAAGCGAAUGGCGCUAUGUGUUUACAUUGUGAUUGGAAAGGAAUAGAAAAAGGACCAAAUAAUUUAAAGAUUCAUUUAAAAAAAUCUCAUACAGAGGAUGGUAUUUAUUCACAGUAUUGUGAUGCUGUUGCUAAAACACCAACACAACCAUAUUCUAAAAGAAAAAGAAAUACAGAUAUUGGAGAUAGUAAUGGAAAAAAUCCAAAAGUAGCAAAGACAAAUAAUAUUGACUCAUUAAAUUUCUUAAGCCUUUUUGAUUCUAUUACAGGUAAUCCAAAUGGAGAAGAUGAACAAGAAAAUGAAACAUCAUUAAAAAUGCCUUUAUUUGAUAAUCUUCAAAAAGCAUUUAAUUUAGAUGCAUUAACAGUUGGAGAAUCACAAAAUUUAAAUCCACUUUGGUUGGCGGCAUCCAUCAAUCAACAAACAUUACUUAAUAACAUUAUAAAUAUAAAAAAAGAUGGAGUUGGGUCUUGUCAGGGGCAAUCAGAUGACAAUUACCUUUCAAUAUUCCCGAUUUUAGCAAAAGAUCUUAAUUUAAUGAUGACAUAUAUAUACAAUAAUUAUCAUGAAUUUACUUUUUCCUCAAAAAGUUUAAAUAGAUCAUCUGAUGGAAUUAAUAAGACAAUUAAAGUAAAAGAUAUAAAUAAUGAAUUAAAAAUGUAUUUGACAGAAGACGGUAUACUUCAAGAAAUUGGUACAUUUGAGAAGGUUGAUAAAAAUCAGUUAAUGUGGGCAGUACGCGUAAAGAUGCAGGCGAUACUUUUUAAUUGA